GCUAGGGUUUUCGGUACUGUGUGGGACGAGCGCGCUAGAUAGAGCGGCCAUCGCGCGAGAGGGAGCUGUGUUGGUCUGUCCGCUCUCCAUGAGCUGCGCCGGCGUGCGCUGCGGAGCCGUAGCCUCGGGUGCUCGCCAUGGAUCCGGCUGCCUCGCUCGCCGCGCCGCCAGCGGUGCUGCUCCCGGACGACGAUGAAUGGGAUGCCGAGGGAUUCGAGAUUCCUAGCUUGAACACCACUACCACAGCGAGAAAGGAGAAGGCUGUGGAGACUUUAAAGCCAACACUGCAGAAGCCGAUAAACACACAGGUGGAGAAUCUCUACCUGGGCCCUCACGGUGCAAAGCCUGGUCUAAGGCAGCCAUCGUCGCUCCAGGAGAACUUCGCGGGGGGGAAGAAGCAGCGUUUCAAGCAGAAGCUCAGGGAUGCCGACCACCGGAGCAAUGGGACGUUUGGACGGGAGAACAAGGUGGAAGUCAUUUGCGAUCUCGUUGGUGCCAAAUCCUCGCAAGUCAGGCCAGUGACAACACCAACACCCAGGAAAAGCUCAGAGUGGCUGGAUCCUCACUGCCAGGAAUCGUUCUUCGAGAAAUCCAAGACCCGGGGCUGAAGAUCAUCCAAGAGAACCAUAGUUUCUUCUAAGAUAGCGUAGCUUGGUUUCUCUCACAGGAGAAAAACAAAGAAGCUUGUUCUUAUGGAUAAUACUACGUUUGUGUCUCUUGCCA